AUGGGGCAAACGUGGUAUCUGGCUGUGGAUUGGCAGAUUCACGUGUUCUCACCGCUUUUAAUUGUGCCGUUGUUUUUAUCACUGAAGGCCGGAUGCGUAGUUGCCUUCCUUCUGAUAGCACUAUCAACUGUGGCAAAUUAUAUCACCUUUUAUCAUUUCGACUCUCCGGCCAGUUACGUGGGUCUGUUUGGAGAUGCAAUGGAUCCGGAGAAAACGGCUAACUAUACGCAAAAUGUGUAUUUUGCACCGUGGCUCCGUUUCACACCGUACGUUAUUGGUGUGUUUACGGGUUAUUUUUUGCAGAAAACACGAGGCAAACAAUUGCAUCUACAUUGGGCUAUUGCUGUAGCGCUGUGGAUAGCAUCGAUUUUGACGGGUAUCGCGUGUGUUUACGGGUUGUAUGAUUAUUUGCAAGGACCCGAGCACGAGAUCAGUCUAGCGGCCAGAUCGAGUUACUACAAUUGGUCACGCAUUGCUUGGGCGCUGGCGUUGGCUUGGGUGGUGAUCGCGUGUCAGAACGAUUGGGCUGGUAAGAUUUUUACCGAAUUUGGUUAUUUUACACCGUUUUUAUGGUUUACUUUUUACCUAUAUGCUGCUUCAGUUUCAAUAAUAAUAAUAAUA